AUGCGACUCCACGCCUAUCAACUCACGGGCGCGCUAUGCGCAAUUCACUUCCCCAAAUCUCACAUGCUGUUGACUUUGGCCCGCGGCUCGUGGCGCUCAGACCAUGCCUUCUCUUUGACUCUCGACGUCCCAAAGCCCUCACCUAAGAAUCGAAACAUCAUCGCCAAAAUGUCACACCUCGAAACACUCUCGCAAGAGUUGUUUGAUCUCGUCAUCACACAACUCCAUCCGUCCGAUCUACCACACCUCCGUCUCACGAGCAGGACAUGCGCCGCCAAAGUCCUCGAUCACUACGCCGCUGUGCAUUUCCGCGACUGCAGUGUGAACUGCGAUAGGCGCAAAGACGACAUCGGCAACAGUUUAAAAAUCUUUCUAAAGAUCGCUCAGAACAACACCAUAGGCUCAAAGAUGCAGUCUUUGAUUCUCGAGUUGAAGGCAGACGACAAGAACACAGCAGCAGCCUGUACAGACCCUUUUGAUGAAACCAUCCAAAAGCAGCUCAAAGCGCUCUUCGCAGCACUGAGUCAACACCAGCGUCUCAAAGCAAUCCGCAUCACGAGCGAAUUUCGCUUGCAUAGGAAUAAUGUGGAAGUGCUUUCCGAACAGACUCGGCCACUGCGUCUCGUCCCAGAGGGUCUCGAAGGCCAUCAAUUCGAAAUCGAUGAGCUGAUCAUUGGUAGAGACGAGGAUGAUGACGACUUGCAGUGGAGUCUGCCAUACCAAAAGUUGCUGCAAGUACCAGCUCAAUGCAACGCCUUCCGUUCCGUCCUUCAAACACUCACCUCCCUCCGCAUCUCGCUCUGGGAAAAGGAAGAGCCCGCGGAUUUGACUUCAUGGACCAUGCUGUCGAAAGCGCCGCGAUUGAAAUUCCUUGCGCUACAUGACCGCCAUCAGCACGAGGCGUUGCUGUGCGAUUUCAAUUGCUUCAAAUAA